AUGCUCUUGCAAUUCUACAGACCAUAUCAGCGUAUACAAACAAAGUUGAAACCAAGUACAAAAAUUAAACGAUACAAUUCAAUCUCUUUUCGUCUGGCUCGUGCUGCUAUUGUCACAUCUCAGCUGGUCACUAUACUUGCUGGAAUAGAUCUCUGCUUUGGUGCAAAUAUGAGGAAAACAUUCCGACCUUUAUUUAAUCCAUCUAUUUGGUCAGGAAAUUCUUCUGUAAAUCCAAGUACUGUUGAUGAGGUUUAUUUUCCUUACAAGACACGAAGCUAUUGA